GCCAGACAGACAAUCAAUCAAUCUUGAUCGUAUGCGUAAGCUGUUCGAGGACACAUCUCUAUCUCUCAUCUCUCAAUUCGAUCCACUCUUGAAGCCGAUUCCUUUUCGCGACUGCCCUUACUUCCACAUGACUACCAUCGAUUCGGGGCCGUCGCUUACUUAGUUCUCCUCUUUUCUUUUUUCAUGUCCUUUGCGCCGCUGGGUCAGUGACUGUACCCACGCGAUCUGGGAGCAUGGCCGUUCUUCCGAGCCUCUCGGGCUGGAGACGGUUACCGGCCGUCAUCGCUGCUUUUGCUCUGUUUUGCGCAGCACCAGCCAAUGCCGCGUCUGCCGGUGACUACUUCGUCCGGUCCCUUCCAGGCGCCCCGGAAGGUCCCCUGAUCAAGAUGCACGCUGGCCACAUCGAAGUCACGCCGGAAAACAACGGAAAUCUCUUCUUUUGGCAUUUCCAGAACAAGCAUAUUGCGAACAAGCAAAGGACCGUCAUCUGGUUGAAUGGUGGCCCCGGCUGCAGCUCCGAAGAUGGUGCAUUGAUGGAGAUUGGCCCCUACCGGCUGAAGGACGAACGUACGCUCGAAUAUAACGAUGGCUCGUGGAACGAGUUUGCGAAUGUCUUGUUCGUCGAUAACCCGGUCGGCACCGGAUACAGUUAUGUCGACACCGAUCCCAAGAAUUACGUCCGAGAGCUGGACGAAAUGGCAGACCAGUUCAUGAUCUUCCUGGAGAAGUGGUUCGCGCUCUUCCCAGAGUAUCAACGUGACGACCUCUACAUUGCUGGAGAGUCGUAUGCCGGCCAGCACAUCCCCUAUAUCGCCAAGCACAUUCUCGCGCGCAACAAAGACCUGGGUGCACAGGAUAAGUGGAACCUGAGGGGCUUGCUGAUUGGGAAUGGCUGGAUCUCGCCCCCUGAGCAGUACGACGCGUACCUCCAGUUUGCCUAUGACAAGGGCCUGGUUAAGAAGGGUAGCACUAUUGCCAACAACCUCGAAAUCCAGCACCGCAUAUGCGUGAAAGACCUAGCUGUCGGGAAGCAGCGCGUUUCUACAACAUCUUGCGAGUCCAUCCUGCAAGAGAUACUAGGGCAGACGAAAACUAUCAAUUCGGACGGCGUGCAGGAAUGCGUCAACAUGUACGACAUCCGCCUGAAGGAUGUCUUCCCCGCCUGCGGCAUGAACUGGCCUCCGGAUCUCGGCUACGUCACACCCUAUCUGCGCCGCAAGGAGGUCGUUGAUGCGCUCCAUAUCAGCCCCAAUAAGAGCACUGGCUGGACCGAGUGCAGCGGUGCAGUGGGUUCCCACUUCCGCGCCUCGAACUCGGACCCCUCCAUCGUCUUCCUGCCCGACAUACUGAAGGAGGUGCCCGUGCUACUCUUCUCGGGCUCCGAGGACCUGAUCUGCAACCAUCUUGGCACGGAGGCACUGAUUAGCAACAUGGAGUGGAAUAACGGCAAGGGCUUUGAAAUAUCUCCCGGCACCUGGGCUCCCCGACGAGACUGGACGUUCGAGGGCGAGGCUGCUGGCUUCUGGCAGGAGGCGCGCAACCUGACAUACGUCCUCUUCUACGAGAGCAGCCACAUGGUCCCGUUCGACCACCCGAGACGAACCCGGGACAUGCUAGACCGCUUCAUGGGCGUCGACAUCAGCAGCAUCGGCGGCGCGCCGACCGACAGCCGGCUGGACGGCGAGAAGGGCCCCGAGACGACCGUCGGCGGAGCGGCAGGCAACGGCACGGACGCGCAGGAGGCAGAGAAGGCCAAGCUCAACGCGGCCAAGUGGCAGGCCUACCAGAAGUCGGGCGAGAUCGUCCUCGUCGUCGUCGUCAUCGGUGCAGCCGCGUGGGGCUACUUCGUAUGGAGGGAUCGCCGCCGGAGGACCGGUUACCAGGGGCUGGCUGGCGGGGAGAACGGUAGCAGCGCCAAUCUCGCAGCCACCAGCGAGGGACACCGGCGGACCGGGCUGCAGAAUUUCCGCAACAAGAGGCUCAACCGGGACAUCGAGGCUGGUGCUUUCGACGAGAGCGAGCUGGACGAUCUGCACGUCGACACGCCGAUCGACGAGCACCAUCGGGAUCACUACAGCGUCGGUGGUGCCAGCGAUGACGAGGAGCCCGAGCCCGAGCCCGAGCCCGAGCCCGAAAAGAGUCAUGGCAAUGGGCAGCCUAGCAAAGGGCAAUCUUGAGUUUGAUUUUGCUCCUUGUUUUGGGGGUUUUAGACAAAUUGGGCACGGGGCAAUGGCGUAAAGGGGCAUUUCUAGCAGGGCAAUUAUUGGAUUAUUUGGAACACAUCCGUUUCUUGUAUGCGGUUAUAUUUUCGUCAUGCAAAAACGGCCACGUUCCAGCGGUUAUACGUGGUAAUUCCAGGUCAUGUCAACUCUGGAAUCAUUGUUCAGAGCAGGCGGCCUCCUGGCCCCUAAUGGUUCUUUUGCUUGUAAAACGUGAUGCCUCCCUCAUAACCCCGAGAUAUGCCCCCGAGGAAUCCGUGUCUUUUAAC